AUGGAAUUCGGAUCAUGUUACCUGGGCGAAGGAGGCAGUGUAAUGUCAGACGACAUUUUGGACCGACCCGUCAAGGCGAUAGAGAAGUUGUCUUCAAAUGGGGACCAACUUCCAAAGCCAGAAAAACUGACGAUGUAUGACGAUUACGAUCUCUGGGAGGAUCGAAUGAAGUUGUACCUUGAGUCCGUCAGCGAAGGGAACCGGUCACUGGCCAUCCUUGGCCAAGUGGACAGUGAGGUCUACGCCGUUGCCAGAGCGGCCAACAUCACUCCUUCGCUGACUACCGCGACAAUCUUCGAGCGUCUUCGGCGAGAGUUCGGUCGCUCUUCCAUGCCAUGGGUUGCUCGCGCAACACUGAGGGAACGCCGCCAGCAUUCUGGAGAGUCCGUGGUCGACUUCCAGCGACACUUACGUGUCCUGGCCAAGCAGGCAUACCCAGACGACUCUUUCGCUGCCCUGGAAGACGGGAUUCUCCAUAACUUCGUCGAUGGUGUUGCCAACCCAGACAUUCGACGCAAGUUCAUACUGGAUCCACCCAAAACCCUCAAAGUGGCACUCGACAUCGCCCGCGAUGAAGAAGUGGUCUCCGCCGCGCUAUCCUCAACCCUUGGGCCGGAGGACUCCUUCUGGACGCCACCGCCGCUCCUGCAUCGUCUCCGCCGCCCGGCUCAAACGAGGCUUGCACCCAAACAAGCCUGUCCUCGCCAUAGGAGAUCCCGCUGUUUCCGAACUCUCAAUAUCGUCUUCUGUCGUUUACAAAUAAUUCCCCCCUUAGGAGUCCGUCUUUCUUUCUUACUGGGGACCAGAAGGGGCAUAGCAUAG